AUUCCAAUUUUCAAUCUGCCAAGGACCCGUAAGUCCCAUUUCACACUUACUACGAGACUCGCGAAACUCAAAACCUUCAUCCACAGUGAUUAGCUUGGCUUAAUCCAAUCUUUCCAUUAUUGUUGAUGCGAUAAUUAAUAAUGGUACGUGGAAAAAACUUCGACGACUAAUGCCCAUUGACUUGGGGAAGAAGAACAAACAAAGCACACACCUUUCAGCUUUCAACCACAUAUCUCUCUCUUUCUGCUCUUACUGAUACUGUUAGGCAGGCAGAGUAUUAGAUCUGUGCCCUGCAAUCAGUACAUAGAAUUCAACUGGGUCUUGUAGCUUGCUUCUUUUUAUAGCUUCCUCGGGUAUUUCUGCCUCUGCGAAACGAACAGGGAGCUUAUUGAAUCAGAGUAAAAUGCAAGAUUUAGUUAGUAAUAAUGGGAACAAUCAGUUAUCACGCCAUUGGAGGUUGUCUUGAAGCGAAGCUUGAACUGCCAAUGAGAUGUCUUCGAGUAAGAGGGCAUCUCAACAGUUGAAGGAUGGUAGGAUGCGGAAUCAAAGCACUGAUGUCUUGAACAGGCGUAGCUCUGAAGCACAGCUUACUCCAAAAAAUUUAAAAGAUGAUAGUGUUGUUCAUUUUAAAGAUCGAGAAUCUAUGGAACUUUAUUCUCGAGCCAGAGCGCAGGAAGAGGAGAUCCAAUUUCUCCGUGGGCAAAUUACUGUUGCUUGUGUGAAGGAAUUGCGCCUGCUAAAUGAGAAAUAUGCAUUGGAGAGGAAAUUUGCUGACUUACGGAUGGUGAUUGAUGAGAAGCAGAGUGAAGCCACUACUUCUGCGUUAAAUGAAUUGGCACGCAGAAAAGGCGAUCUUGAGGAAAAUCUAAAAUUAACUCAUGAUUUAAAGGCUGCAGAUGAUGAGAGAUAUAUCUUCAUGUCAUCUAUGCUGGGGCUAUUGGCUGAAUAUGGUGUUUUGCCCCAUGCUAUUAAUGCUUCUGCAAUAUCCAACAGUUUAAAGAUACAACAUGAUCAAUUGCAGUGGAAGAUUAGAACUUCACAUCAGGAUAAAAUUAGACAAUUAACAUCUGGCGUGGAAAAUGAUGCUGAAAGUGAAUCUCAUGGUAAAGAUAGCCGUGGUCCUGGCAUUUUGAAUGGCCAAUUUCCUCAUAUCUUGGAACAAGGCUUUGAUCAUUAUAGUGAUCGACAACAUCUGGAACCAACUGACAAAUUGCCGAAAUAUGUGGCUGACAUGAAAAUGCUAAUUAAUAAUGAAGUUCCACAUGAGUUCACAUCCAAUACAGAGAGGCCGAUGGCUGGCUUUACUAAUAAAGAUGAUGCGAAUGUGAGAGCUGGGAGAAUGACCAAUGGCACCUUAUCUUCUCCUCACACCACACAUGAUGAGAUUGCUUCCUCUGCUUCUCAAGGUCCUACAAUAGAGAAUUUUCAGAUUAUUGGUGAUGCUGUUCCGGGAGGCAAACUUCUUGGAUGUGGAUACCCAGUACGUGGAACCUCACUUUGUAUGUUUCAGUGGGUUCGUCAUCUUCAGGAUGGCACUAGAGAGUUCAUUGAAGGAGCCACAAACCCAGAAUAUAUUGUCACAGCUGAUGAUGUUGAUAAAAUAAUUGCUGUUGACUGCAUACCAAUGGAUGACCAAGGCCGUCAGGGGGAACUGGUGAGGCUUUUCGCUAAUGAUCAGAACAAAAUCAGAUGUGACCCAGAGAUGCAAAAGGAGAUUGACGAACAUAUUUCUAGAGGACAGGCCACUUUUAGUGUUCUGCUACUGAUGGACUCUUCUGAGAAUUGGGAGCCAGCAGCUUUAAUUCUGAGACGGUCAGGCUAUCAGAUCAAGAUCAAUAGUACAGAAGCUGUUGUAAUUGCAGAGAAAUUCUCAAAGGAAUUAUCAAUCAAAGUUCCUUGUGGCUUCUCAACUCAAUUUGUGAUGACAUGUUCUGAUGGAUCUUCUCAUCCUUGUAGCACGUACAAUGUUCGGAUGCGCGAUACUCUUGUGUUGACCAUGAGAAUACUCCAAGGCAAGGCACUGGAUGACAAAAGGAAAGGAAGAGUAUAGCCAUAAUUUGAGCAUAAUGUUUAUAGCCAUCAUUCAUUCAUAGUAAAAAGCGAUAAAUAAUUAAUUAAACAGAGAUCUAAAUACCAGCAUGGGUAAGUUAAAGAUAAAAGCUUUUGUAGUUUCUUCCAUUGUAUUAUGAUUCAUAGUCGAUGCUUAUCUCUGAACCACAGAUCACACAUGCAUUCUGUAUAGACAAGCAUGAAUAAAAUAGAUGUAUUUUUCUUGUA